AUUCCUUUUGUGUUGUCCGCCUUUCCCUUUUGAUUCCCAUCUUUAUUAUCGAUUUCUCUCUGAGCUGUCUUUCUUUUCAGUGUUGCCAAGUGUCCUUUGUUCUUUACUUCACUCUCCCGGUGGCGUCGGUGGCGACGGUUUGCUUUGAAAACUAAUGUAAUAUCGCUACCGAGUAAUGUUAUCGAGGGCCUUAAGCAUUUGGGAACAAUGGACUUUGAUACUGCCCGAAAACUUAUUGGAAAUACGAUAAAACUAACACUACAUCCACAAGCCACUCUUCAACCCAUUCCGGAAAUAUAUGCUACAAAUAGCACAAGGGCAAAACAAAGUGAAUAUGCCGUCUGCAGUUUAUUUAGUUUGGCUACAAAACACUGUCUUUCUGAAUUCGAGCUAAGACAACUAUUGGAGGAAAUUGAAUUAAGUGGUGUUACUAUCGAUGAGCUCAUCAAAACAUACGUCGACAACAAAAAUUCUCUAAUUUUGCGGCAUUUGCAAAUUGGCCAUAGUUUUCCCCAUGUUACCGAUUUGCAGUGGAGAAUAGUAGCCGAUGUUAAAUCCUCGACAGCAGGAAAGAGCAGUGGAGAGCCUGGAUUUUACAUAAAUAUGGGGCGUUUUAACCAAAACUCCGAUGGUGAAAGGGAAACUGUAGUCGAAUUUGUUUGUAACACAGAAGAGUUGCAACUGCUAAUAAACAAGCUGAAGGAAAUCGAGAGGCACUGUGAGAAGUGGUCAAAUGAGUCACCUUAAGAAGUUCUAAACAAAACGCGCAAAUACAAUCUGGUAAUAAUUUAUUUAGUUAUUAAGAUUAUCUAAAACAAUAUCAACAAAGGGGGUAAACUUAAUGAAAAAUA